UUCUACUUUUAGUUGAACAAAAAUUUCUCAAGCAUUUAGAAGCCUGAGGGAGAAUUAAUUUUGUGGAAAGGGUGGUUAACCUCGGUCUACUGUGAACUUUCUGUUAUGGGAAUGAUAUUGGAACUGUACCUUCAAGUGGCUUAGUUUCCUAGAUAGGAAGUCAUGGGGUGAGGGGUGCUGCAGAAGCUCAUAUUCUGCUAGACAGAGGUAGUUGGGGAUCUGCAUCACUAAGUAUGGAGGAUUUCUGGGCCCGUAGUGAUUACUGAUCACCACAGUGUGGAACAUGGCUGUGCCAAGCAGCGUAUCUGUAGGUCCCAUGAAAUAUAGUACAUCUAUUCAGUGGCUAGGACUUGUUUCCCUUAACAGGCAUUGUACUGUGUUGAAAUUAAUCAGCCAGAUGCUCUGGGAGAUGACCGUGAGUAACUUAGUGCCUGCUCAGAGAGUGUGUCUGCAUGUUAUUGUAUCAAAUAUUUCAGUCCAAAUAGUAAAUGCAGAAGAGAAGUUGGCAAAGAAGAUACUUGCAAGGAAAAACUGUGGCAAAUCCAAAUCUAAGAGAAAAGUAAAGAGAACAAUGUGGAAUUUUCAAAAUACAAUAAUUCUUUUUACGCUGGUUCUGUUUGUGAUAGGUGUUAUAACUUGGACCUUACUGUGGCUCUUCAUUGUUGAAGCAGAAAACAAAGAUGCCUUGUAUUUCGUUGGAUUAUUUCGUGUAGCCAACAUAGAAUUUCUCCCGGAAUACAGGCAGAAGGAGUCAAGAGAAUUCCUCUCAGUGGCACAGAAUGUGCAGCAAGUGAUGAACUUGGUUUACACAACCUCUGCCUUCUCCAAAUUUUAUAAACAGUCCAUUGUUUCUGAUGUCAGUAACAACAACAAUGGAGGCCUUCUUAUUCAUUUCUGGAUCGUAUUUGUGGUACCACAGGCUAAAGGCCAAGUGUUCUGUGAGGACUGUGUGGCUGCCAUUUUAAAAGACUCUAUUCAGACAAGUAUCAUCAACCGGACCUCAGUGGGGAGCCUUCAAGGGCUUGCAGUUGACAUGGACUCCAUUGUGUUGAGUGCUGGGCUACGAUCAGAUUAUUCAUCAACAACUGGAACAGGAACAAAUUGCAUAUAUGAUCUAUAUGCAGAUCGUCUGUAUCAGCACUUUCCGCUGGACAUCACUGCUACCUCGGGGAGGAUGAUUUGUUAUUUCAAACUGAAUGCAUUAGUGGGCCAUCUAAUUCGUCUCUCAAUAGCAUCUAUUCACAUUGAAGCAGAUAACUGCAUCACUGACUCACUGACCAUUUAUGACUCCUUGAUGCCAAUCAAAAGUAAGAUACUCUACCGAAUUUGUGAACCAACCAUCUCAUUAAUAUCAUUUGUUUCCACAAAUAACUUGAUGCUGGUAAUGUUUAAGUCAACACAAAUACAGCAACCGAAGGAAGUUCAUGGGUACUUCGAGGUCAUUAAACAAGAAAAAUGUGGAAAAACGAUAUUGACAAAAGAGAAAACUGGCUUUGAGGGGCGAAUUGUGAGUCCAUAUUAUCCAAGCUACUAUCCUCCAAAAUGUAUUUGUACAUGGAACUUUCAGACUCCUCAGAACAGCCUGGGUAUAGCACUGAAGUUUCAUAACUACACUAUCAGUGAGAAGAGCAUCAAGGGCUGUGAGCGGGGAUGGUGGAGAAUUAAUGAACACAUGUACUGUGGUUACUACAUUGAUCACCAAACAGUUUUCCGUGUGGCAAGCUCUUUUGUUAACAUUGAGCUUCAGUGUAGUUCCAAGCUUUCAGAGCAGCCGCUUCUGCUGGAAUAUGGCAGCUACAACAUCAGCCAGCCAUGUCCAGCCAAGUACUUCAGAUGUUCCACUGGCCUAUGCGUUGAGCAGGCUCGGCGCUGUGAUGGCGUCAAUGACUGCUUUGAUGAAAGCGAUGAACUCUUUUGUGCUGUGCCCAAAGAGAACUGUAAUGCCAGCUUCUUGAUGCAGUAUACUUCACUUGCCUGCAAUGGAAUACAUGACUGUGAGGAUGGCAGAGAUGAGCAGAACUGCACCAAAAGUAUUCCUUGCACCAACCAUACUUUCAAGUGCAGAGAUAAUAUUUGCAUUAGAAAGCAAAAUGCAAAGUGUGAUGGGACAGCGGACUGUCUUGAUGGAAGUGAUGAAAGUAAUUGCAGCUGUGGCAGCAGUAAAAUCAGCAAUAUCUACCAUCGAAUUAUAGGAGGCUCUGAUGCACAAGAAGGUGAAUGGCCCUGGCAAGUCAGCCUCCAUUUUGUUGGAGUUGCUUAUUGUGGGGCAUCGGUGAUCUCUAGGGAAUGGCUUCUGUCGGCAGCUCAUUGUUUUCAAGGAAGCAGGCUAUCCGAUCCUCGAACUUGGACUGCGCACUUAGGCAUGCACACUCAAGGGAAUGCCAAGUUUGUGUCUGCGGUGAGAAGAAUCAUUGUUCACGAAUACUAUAACAGCAGAAACUAUGACUAUGAUGUUGCACUGCUACAGCUAAGCAUACCAUGGCCUGACACAAUGAAACACGUCAUUCAGCCGAUCUGCAUACCUCCACUUUCACAUAAAACACACAGUGGCGAGAAGUGCUGGAUAACAGGCUGGGGUCAAAGGCAAGAAGCAAAUGACCAGGGUUCAGCAGUUCUGCAGAAAGCGGAGGUAGAAAUUGUUGACCAAACAUUGUGUCAUUCCACAUAUGGGAUUAUCACAGCCCGGAUGCUAUGUGCGGGGGUGAUGUCUGGGACGAAAGAUGGCUGCAAAGGUGAUUCUGGAGGACCUCUCUCAUGUCAAAGCAACGGUGAUGGAAAGUGGUUUUUGACUGGCAUUGUUAGCUGGGGUUAUGGCUGUGGAAGACCAAAUUUCCCUGGUGUAUACACAAGGGUGUCAAAGUUUUCUCCGUGGAUUCACAGAUAUGUGCCUUUGGUUUUGUAAUCUGGAAAUGGUCAAAUGGCAACAAAAAGUAUAUUGUAUCUGGAUUAUCUCCAUUAAAAUCAUAUUAAUAAACAGUUGGUGGAUGUUCAAUUUUUUUGCAUGCAUCACAGAUCACACAAAUGCCUUAGCUUCAAAAUGUCCACACAUUCUACUUGUUGAAAUAGAAAAUACAGGGCAUCUGUUCAGAUGGAGGGUGAGAUUGUAUUUUGCAUGUCUGGAAAGCCUAGUGCAAGAGAUGUUUAAGGUAGGCCACAGGUAUGCUAGGACAAAUAACUGUCAAAUUUUCAGAACAAUGAUGGACAGAGCAAUGACUGCAAUGAGAAAUGACCAUGCAAGUCACAACAAUUGUGCAGCUUCGACAGAAAAGUCAUAGAGCUGAAGGCCAGAAGGGAUCACCAGAUCAUCUACUCUGACUUCCUGUGUAUCACAGGCCACCAACAGCACCCAGACGCUAACUCAACAACCAAAAUGAGAUGGAAGUAUUACAGCCCACAGGAGACUAGACUAUUAUGUGCCACAGGCAGAGAAUAGAAGGGACCAAGGUGCACUGGGGCUUGAGGCCCCUGCAAUGGCAGGGAAAUGAUUAAGUGAGAUAUAACCAGAUAAUCCUGGCAAGUGACCCAAGACGACACGCUGCAGAGGAAGGCAAAAAAAAAAAAAAAAAAAAAAGACAACCCAAGGUCGUUUCCAGUCUGACCUGGAGGAAAACUCCUUCCUGACCCCACACGUGGCAAUCAGUUUGACUCUGAGCAGGUUAGCAAGAACCAGCCCUAGUGCAAACAAGAGGAAGAUUUGGGUCCCAUGGCAGCAGCAAAAACAAAAACCAGGCCAAUAAGCAGCCUAAGGAAAUCAAUCCAGCCUUUCUUGUGACCUAUGAAUCUUUUCCUUGUUCAUCCCACUACCCCAAUAUUAUCUGGUGAUAGUCUAAACAAUCAGCAGCAAUGGCGCCUUCUGUCAGCAGUCUGAAUUCCAAAAGCCACUUUCCUCCACUUUCCAGGGGUUCUCAUUGGCCAUCUACUGGUGACUACCUAUUGAUGGAACAAGUAUACUAAUUGACUUGGAGAAAUAAGUCCUUAUGCUCUGCUGGCUGAGAACAGCAGUUUCAAAACAGCUGAAAAACCACCCUGCAAGAGUGCUUGUAUGCCUGUGUUUGUACUUGUAUUUGACGCUUUUUCUCUCCAAAAGCCUUGAACACAAUUGCUACUACAAAUAUUUGUCAAGAAAUAAAAAGUGUUAUGAAUAAAUCUAAUGGAAUCUGAGGCUUUUAUCCUGAAUUCACACUGCAAGUGUCAGACAUCUAGAUGUAGCAUGUAAUAAAAAGAUGUUUAAAAUAUUGAGGGGGAAGACUCAAAUCCUAGAACCAUUUUAGACAUGCUAAAAUCUAUUGCUCAUCAUUUUGAUUUUAGGUUGGAUUCUGACACCAGUACUUAAUUUGUAGAUUGUCUACUUAGAGGAUGAUACUACCACCAUAAGAAAUAAAGAUUACUACUGUGAAUAUUACCGGUUAAGACAGUCUGAAGGUUUAGAUCUCAAAAUAUGCCUGUACCAAUGUAUAUAUGGAUUGGUUACAUUUGAUACUAAUCUAUAGGCCAAUAUUUUCAUCAGUGAUUGAAUUGUUAUGUAUUUGUGCAGUGCUUAGCAUUAAUGAGCCCUGGCCUCUAGACACUAUUGUAGUGCUUAAUAAUAAUUAAUAAUAAAUUGUAUAUUAUAUUAUUUAUUAAUAAUAAUAAUUGUCUUUGGCAAAACAAAUUUUAUAUAUUCUGAUAUGGGGCAUAGUUACUAGACCUGGUUGCAGAAUGA